UUUUGUUCUCUCCUUAAAUACCUUCUCUCUUUUCUUUUUCAUCUCAAAAUCACUUCCAUUCAAUAAUGUCUAUCCAUUUCCCCUUCAUUGCAUCCAUAAUAUUCUCCAUAAUCUUUUUCUCAACAACUUUGCCACAAUCCAACUCACAAAAAAAUGAUACCUUCUCUAUUUGUAGCCAAUCCUAUUUCACAUGUGGAACACUCACAAACGUGUCUUUUCCUUUUUGGGGAACAAACCGACCAAAUUUUUGUGGAAACAAUGAAUUCAAACUCACUUGUAUGCAUAGUCAAAACACUACCUCUAUUCAAAUCGGUUCACAAAAAUUCAAUAUACUAAACAUUAACCAAACAUCUUCUACCAUGAAAAUGGUUAGAACAGAUCUUGUUUAUGAUUUUUGUUCUUCAAAUUUCACCAACACUUCUUUGAAUGGAAGUCCCUUUACUUUUCUUCCAACCGUUCAAAAUGUUACUAUAUUCUACGAUUGCCCAAUUGAGAAUAGUUCAAUAGUUGGAAACAUACAAAAAUUUACUUGUGUAAAAAAUGGUACCAAUAGACAUGCUUUUUAUUUGAUUAAUAAUGAAACUAAGAUGCAGGGUUGUGGUGUUAGUGUUGAAGUUCAAGUUUCUAAGGAUGUUGUUUGGGACAGUGAGGGUGGAAUUGGUGCUCUGAACAAAGCCUUGGAUGAAGGGUUUGAUGUGAAGUAUGAUGAAGGUGUAGGGUGGUCUUCUAAGUGUACAGUGUGUAGAGAAUCUGGAGGAACAUGUGGAACUAAUCAGAAUGAUUCUGCUCAGUUUUCUUGUUAUUGUCCUGCUGGAAGUGGAACUCAUGCUGCAAUGUGUCCUGCUCAUAAAAGUGGAAAGAAGAGCAAAGUGUUGAAGCUGGUUUUAGGUUUCGUAGCUACUGGAAUGUUACUACCUCUAAUUGCUGUAAUAAUAUGUCGAAACAAAGCUAAAAUAUGGAAGAUUAUAUUAACACAAUUCAGCAAAAUAACAAGGAACAAUCAACACAUAGAAGCCUUCCUUGAAAGUCAAGGUCCUCUUAAUCUAAAAAGAUAUAAUUUCUCUGAUAUAAAGAAAAUGACUGAAUCUUUCAAAGUUAAACUCGGAGAAGGUGGUUAUGGUUCUGUAUACAAAGGAAAAUUACUCAAUGGUUGUUCUGUUGCAGUAAAAGUACUUAAUGAAUCAAAAGGAAAUGGAGAAGAAUUCAUCAAUGAAGUUGCAAGUAUAUGCAAAACAUCGCACGUUAAUGUUGUCACUCUUCUCGGAUUUUGUCUUGACGGAACCAAAAAAGCUCUCAUAUAUGAGUUUAUGUCAAAUGGUUCCCUCGAAAAGUACAUUUACAAUCACAACAAAGAAUCUGAAACGAUGAAAACUAAUACCUCAUCGUUGAGCUGGGAGAAUUUACAACAAAUUGCAAUAGGAAUAGCUCGAGGACUCGAGUACUUGCAUAAAGGAUGCAACACUAGGAUUCUACAUUUCGACAUAAAACCACACAACAUUCUUUUGGACGAAAAUUAUCGUCCAAAAAUAUCCGAUUUUGGGCUUGCUAUGCUAAGCACAAGAGACGAGAGUAUUAUUUCAAUGUCGAAUGCUAGAGGGACAGUUGGGUACGUAGCUCCUGAAGUUUUCAACAAAAGUUUCGGAGGCGUUUCACAUAAAUCUGAUGUUUAUAGUUAUGGAAUGAUGCUGUUAGAAAUGGUUGGAGGACGAAAGAAAAACGUUAACAUUGUAGAAGGUAGUCGCUCGAGCGACUUAUAUUUUCCGCAUUUGGUAGUUUAUAAGAAGCUUGAGGAAGGAAGUGAUUUGGAAGUGGAUGGAAUAAUGACAACAGAAGAAAAUGAGACAGCUAAGAGAUUAACUAUGGUUGGUUUGUGGUGUAUUCAAACAAUUCCAUCUCAUAGACCAACGAUUAGUAAAGUGAUUGAUAUGUUGGAAGGUGGCUUGGAAUCUUUGGAAAUGCCACCAAAACCUGUUAUGUAUUCUCCUCCAAGAUCAAUACCAGAAUUUUCUACUACAUCAAGAUCAUUGGAUAGUGAAGUGUCUAAUUAAUGUUGGUUUGUGUUAUUUCAAGACAUCAAAUGUAAUAUUUAUUGCUUGAACAUUUCAUUCAUAUAGUUGCAUACAUACGUACACAUAUUAUUAUAUCAAUCAGUUUAUGUAUGUUUGUGUAUCAUUGAUUACUUUUUGUUAUAUAAUAUGCUUUGUUAUAUAAGUA